ACACCGUAUCGAUCAACUAAAAUGUUGCCAUGUGCCCUUUGCGGCCUAUAAAAGAACCCGUCUCCCUCUCUGCCGCCGCCCCCGAUCUCUUGGACGUCUUCGUGCUCUCCUUCCCAUCUGCCGCCCUUCGCGCACACUUCUCGCCCUCCUACUCCGACCCUCGCUCAAAAAUGCCAUUGGGAUUGAUUAGGGGGUUAGGGAGGGCGAUGCGGAGGAAACGAACUUCAUCACUAAAUAUAUUAUCUUCAAAAAGAGGGCCUCGAGACUAUUACAAGGGAAAGAACUGCAAGCCCACUGGUUUUCACACUCGUAAAGGUGGGUAUGUUGUGAUGGAUGAAAAGUUGCCUCAUUAUGUGGUACCAGAUUUGACUGACUUUAAGCUGAAGCCUUAUGUAUCACAGUGCCCAAGAGAUGCAACUGCAACUUCCUCGGCAGACUCGGCAGGGUCUGCUGAUACAGCCAAGUAAAGCUAUGUGAUGUCUGCUGCUUGCCACUGCAGGGUCUCGGAUCAGUUGUACGAAAUCCUGUCCCCGCUGCAAUAUUGCAUGGUAAUGGCAGAAAUUCUUGAAUGAGUGGAUCUAAAGUUGAAGGCUUGCUUUUCUCCGUAGAACUAAUGAAGCUCUUUAGCAUAAUUGGGUUAGGCCUCUGUAUCUUCAACAAAGCACCGAUGAAGUGCCCUGCAAAAGAAAUUUUUCAGAUAGAAUGUUUAAUUUUAAACCCCCGUGACAAUGACACCGGCUUACAGCUUUCUAUCGCCAAUUUUUGGCAGUCGUCCGGAUACUCUUCUAAUUAUUGUUUUGUCGGGAUUCCGGUUC